AUGACACCAGAGGCUAUGCCAAGCCAACCCAAUUCCAGACCCUCGACAAUCGGGGCCGACUUUUUCAAAUUCUUCAGCGGCACACAGAAGAAGGUUACUCGAGAUGGUCAACCGGCCAAACGACGUGGUCCCAAACCCGACAGCAAACCCGCCCUUACCAGACGACAGGAAUUGAAUCGCCAGGCUCAGAGAACUCAUCGCGAGCGCAAGGAACAAUAUAUACGGGCGUUGGAAACGGAGGUGUCGCGGUUGCGAGAGGCAUACACACAGGAGAUUUCGGCGGCCAACUUGACUGUGGUUCAACACCGGGAUAUGGUGCAGUCGCUAUCGGACGAGAACACCAUCCUGAAAGACAUCCUCACGGCCCAUGGCAUCAACUACGAACCCGAGCUCGAGCGGCGCAAGGCUGAACGACCCACGAUCGGCUAUCAGUCUAGCCCAUUUGCCAGCAGUAGCACGGGAUCGCAGCCCACCGGCGUUGCUCCUUCCAAUCCCUCGACGAACAACAUGUACACCACACCACCGACCACCGUCUCCGCAAGCCUGAGUCCGAUCACCACGGGGAUUGAGCAGAUUGAUGUGUCGUCGAGCGAGAUGUCACCACCGCAAGGGCCGUAUCAGGCCGCCCCGUGUGACGCCCUAGCGACGCUCGACCAGAUCGCGCCGGUGAGCCGGGCACCGAGGCACCCAUCGGGCAUCUUUGAGGAGCACCCCCAGCUACAGAUUGACUUUAUCUUGACAUUGGAAUCGCCGUGUCGCGAACAUACCGACUAUCUCUGCCGCCGAUCGAUCACGGAAGCCGAUGACGAGGACAUGCCAUUCUCGGGUCACGCCUUGAUGGCGACCUGCCCGCCGCCCAGUUACAUCGCCAACACCUCGAAUGAACAAACUUAUCCGCAUAAGACCUACGAUCUCCCUCAUGCCAACCUGUCGACCCUUCUCAACCUCAGUCGGCAGCUCGUGACGGACGGACAAAUCACGCCUAUCAUGGCGCUGCAGUGUUUGAAGAAUCACGAGCUCUACCGCAGCCUGACCAAGGACGACGUCAAAGUGAUCAUUGAGACGUUGAACACCAAAGUGCGCUGCUACGGCUUUGGCGCGGUGGUGGAAGACUUUGAACUGAUGGACUGCCUGAGCAGUGUUCUCGGAGCCAAGGUCGAGGGCGCCCUUUCCCAUCCCGGCGAUGAGAUGAUGUAUUCGUGA